CUUGCUCUCUAAAAGAAAACAAUAACAAUGCCCGCCGGCUCCGCCUCCACCUCCACCUCCGCCGCCGCCGCCGCCGCCGCCGCUUCCACGCUCCUGCCGCGCUGCCACUCCCUCGCCGCAGUCAAGCAGCUACACGCCCAUUUCCUCUCCCACUCCAACCGUCCCUUUCCCUACAACCACUUCCUCUCCAAGCUCCUCUCUCUCCCCUCCGCCACGGUCGCCGUUACCAAUGCUGCCUCCGACUAUGCCCUCCUCCUCCUCUCUUCCCACCCGGCCCCCACCGCCUUCUCAUACAACGUCACGCUCCGCUUCUUUGCCUCCUCGCGCCCGGGCACCACCCUUCGCCUGUUCCUCCGCAUGCUCCGCUCCGGGCUCCGCCCCGACGCCUACACGCUCCCCUUCCUGCUCCUCGCUGCCGCGCGCAGCCCAUCCCGGGCGCUCGCUCACUCCGCCCACGCGCUUCUUGAGAAGCUUGGACUCAGGGACCACGACCACACCGUCCACUCCUUGAUCACCAUGUACUCCUACCUCGGUGAUCAUCUUGCUGCGCGCAGGGUGUUCGACGGAAUUCCCCACCGGGACGUCGUCUCAUGGAACUCUAUGAUCAAGGCAUACGAGCGGGCAGGGAUGGUGGCUGAGGUGGAAGGGAUGUUCCGGUCGAUGGUUGCAGAGGGUACGGUGGCGCCCAACGGGGUGACAGUGGCAGUUGUGCUCACGGCGUGCAGGGAUGCCGGCAACAUGGUUCUAGGGAGGUGGGUGGAGGAGUGGGUGAGGUCUGCAGGGAUGGAGGUGGACUCACUCAUUGGCUCGGCGCUUGUGGGGAUGUAUGAGAAGUGUGGAGAGAUGGCAGAGGCUAGGCGCGUGUUUGAUGGCAUCAUUGACAAGGAUGUUGUGACGUGGAAUGCCAUGAUCACCGGGUAUGCGCAAAAUGGCAUGUCAAAUGAAGCUAUUGCAUUGUUUCAUAGCAUGAGGGAAGUGGGGAUGCGUCCAGACAAGAUAACCUUGGUUGGAGUCCUUACAUCCUGCGCUGCAGUUGGUGCUCUGGAGCUAGGGGCUGAACUGGAUAGCACAUCGCACAACGUAUUCAGCAAGAUGGCAGCACUGGGGAUGCAUCUAUUCGUCGUGAGAUCCAAACUGAAUCGGUUCAGCUGGGAAUUGCAAUGCAACAUUUGGGUGCUUCGAACAGGGCUUUCUCCUUCUGAAGCUUUUGUGAAUUCCGGGCCUGCUGUUUAUAUAAACUCCACAGGACCAAAUCCAAUCAUGGUUCAGCCAUCUUUUCAAAACACUCCUUUUGGAGUUUCGAACAUACCAGUUCUGAGAGGAGUUUCUGGUGCUUUUGGUAUUGUUGAUCCUUCUCGGUCAUCUGGUUUCGGAGAUCCUUUUCGGAAUAUUAAUGUCCAGAGUAGUGGUGCAACUGCAACAAGUGGUUCAUCUGCUGGUACCACCACCACUUCUGAAGGGGCUACCAACGGGAACCGCCAAGAUGCAGCAAGAGCUGAAGGAAGUAACCCACCAGGUCACCCAGCUGGAACACGUGGAUUGCCAACCAGAACAGUUGUUGCAGCUAUUCCAGCACGGUCCCCAGUAGAGGCUCCAAACCAUGUCCUAAGUGUUUUCCUGCCUGUUCAAGUGAGGGGUCAAGUUGCCGUACCUAACCAGUCAGCGGUAGACACUGCCUGGACAUACCCGGCGGCAGAGACGACGCAGACAAGGAGGCGGUGGUGCGGGCGCCGCUCGACGGGAAGACCAGCGAAACUAGCACAACAACGUGGGGAGACGGCUCUCGCCGCCGCCAAGAAGACGACGGCGAUGAAGGGCGCAUCGAGGAAGUCCUCGCUGACGACGAUGGCAUUCGACGACCCCGGAGAGCCACUUCGAACUGGUGGCGUGGCGCCGGAUGCCACGCGAACUCGAAGCCGCCGCCGCCGCCGCGACAUUCCGUCGCCGCCUUGGCUACACUUCAUGAGACACAUGACCUGCGCAGCGCCCCGGAGGUACCUGCCCGCCGACACACUGGAUCACGACGAAGCCAUUGGCCGCCGGAAGAGGAGGCGCAAGUUGAUCCAACUUUUUGCAUUGAACCCCCUGAAUCGGAUCGCCGACGUUUUACAAUAGACUCCCUAAAUCGGAUAGCGGUUAUUAAUCGCGAUCCGAACUUUUAUAGAAAACCCCCCAAAUCGGAUCGCGACUAUUAAUCGCGAUCCGAUUUUUUGCAGAAAACCCCCAAAUAUUUGCAGAUUAAUCCCGUCAGUUGCUUCAGCUCUCCCCCAUGGCAUCCGUUCCCGUCCGCCGGCGGGCGGCGGCGCCGCCACAAGCGGCCGGAGUUCUGGUGGUGGGAGUAUCGCCAGAUAGCACAUCUCCCUCGUGCUCUCCCUGAUCCUUUCCUCCGCCCCUUCUCGUCUCGGUACGGCGCUGGACGGAGAUCAAGCGCGAGCUGCUGGUGCUGCCGCGCCGUGGCCACCGUGCGGACGGAACCGCACCGACCUGCCCCUCGAUCGGGAGUGGGCAGUGGCCCUGAUUCACCGCUGCGCCCUCAUCCUCCUCAGGCCGCCUGGGGCCUACUCCAUCAGUGGAGGUAAAGACUAAACCUUUAAUCGAUUUGAUGCCAAGUGAAAUCGCUUGGAUUUGGGUGUGUUCUGCAUCUUUUGCUUGCCGCUGCUUGCGUCUUGUGAAGCGAUGCAGUUAAUGGUUGAAACAUGGUUGAUGGUCUGGCCAAUCUCGGGAGCAUCUACGUACGGCCACAUCAAGAAGCAGUUCAAGAAGAUCAACAGCAUGGCUGCCUCUGACAUAGAAGGGUGCAGGGUGGUCGAGCUUUUGGUUGAAGCAAGAGAGAUCGCCAUGUCUAUGCUCGAGUCGACAUUGCACUUGCACCUCCUGUCAAAGCAGAUCGCCAGCAAGCAGCAAGUGGUCUCUUGUCCAGAAGGCGUUCCAGAAGAAGAAAAUCGUGUGUGCGCAAGGAGGAGCAGUUGCAGAUGUUGGAGUCAGACGUUUCUGAUCUCGAGAGUAGAGUUGAGACUUUGUUCAGGACACUAAUCCAUAGCAGAGUUUCUCUUCUGAACACACUCACCUUUUAGACAGAUCACAGACUCCCUGUGACUAGCAUCCACCUUUUAGAGGAUCUGCUGGUCACCGAAACAAUUUUGAUGUAUAUAUGAGAGAAAGUGUACAGAAAUAUCCUCAAUUGGAAGCAAUGUUUUGGACCA